AUGGCUGAAGACAAGGGCGACACCGUGGUUACUCACCAUGACCUGGCACCCGCGGGGACACAUGUCAGUGAUCAAUUCCACGAACACGACAUCACCGAUGCAUCUCAGAUGCCUCAACCCGCUUCGUCCAAGCGAUGGAUGGCCAUAGGAUCCCUCAUCUUCCUAUACAACAUCUCCCUGGGCGGAUUUUUGUGCGUGGUGCCCAUUAUUCAGUACAUGAAUCGGGACCUCGGGCCCGAUCCGUCAUACACCUGGCUGGCUUCCUCCUGGACGGUCGCUUCAGGAGUCGGAUUGAUCGUUGCCGGAUCAUUGUCCGACCUGAUUGGAAGACGAUGGUUCUGCAUUUCCACGGGUCUCCUAGGCAUUCUGGCUGCUUUGAUUGGUGCACUCGCUCAGGAUGUUCCAACCGCAAUUGGCGCCAUGGCUGUUAUGGGUCUCAACGGAGGCUUAGCAGUCAACUCCUUCGUCGCCGUGGCCGAAUUGGUGGCGACCAAACACAGAGGUUAUGUCAUCGGCGUUAUGAACGGAUCGGCAAUUUUCUGGGUGUCAUGUGGUUCGCUUAUCGGUCAUGAGAUGACGGUCAAAACAAAGCCUGGCUGGAGGUCCAUCUUCUGGAUGAUACUGGCAGUCAACGUCGUGGGAACCGUAUUCACCUUCUUGACAUACUUCCCAGCUCCUGCCUUGGGAGGGAGAAACCUCAGCAAGAGGAAGUUGAUUAAGGAUUUUGACUACUUUGGCCUCCUGGGGAUUGUGGUUGGACCCACCAUGUUCCUCAUGGGUAUCAUCUGGAUCCCAGAACACGGUUCCACCAGCGGAGAAUUCGUUGGGCCUUUUGUCGCCGGGACAGUCAUUCUCGUGGCGCUUGGUCUCUAUGAGAAUUACGGCGCAAAGAACCCUCUUCUACAUCCUUUCUUGUUCAAGCGGAUUCGGACCUUUACCAUGCUCUUGGUCACGGCUUUUGUUGGGGGGAUGUUGUUCUACUCUCUCCAGGCUUUCUUCCCAACAUACUUGUCCACCGUUUACGAUGGUACUGACGGAAGGCAAGUCGGGAUUGACGGCAUCCCCUUCGGCAUCGGCACCCAAGUCGGCGGAGUCGGUUCUGCCAUACUUUUACCCAUCAUCGGGCCCAAGAUCGGGACCAUGUGGAUGGUCGCAUUCGGCGUCCUCUUACAAGUCCUAUUCAUUCCGCUGAUGUGCCUGCCGGGACUAAACACCAAAGGCAUGGCUUUGGCAUUUUCCUGCCUCGGUGGAAUAGGUAUUGGCAUCAUUGAGCUCUUGACCAUUCUGCUGAUUCAGCUUGCAACACCUGACGAAUGGAUUGGAUUUGCAAAUGGGGCCAUAGGACUCCUGAGGUGCAUGGGGGGAUCCGUGGGCACUGCAAUCUACACCACCAUCUUCCAGAGCAAAGCCAGCCAAUUGAUUCCUCGAGAUGUUGCAGCGGUAGCAAUCCAGGCGGGACUUCCGCAGUCUUCCCUUCUUGAGUUCCUAGGAGUCUUGACGGGCGCCAUCACUACUACUCCUAUUUCCGCAGUUCCUGGCGUCACGCCCGGCAUCAUCGAGAUUUCGAGUCUGGCAUUGAGACGAGCUUAUAUGGACUCAUUCAAAUACGUGUGGUACGCCAGCAUCCCUUUUGGGGUUGUUUCCCUGGCCUGCGCUCUCUCCACCAAAGAUCUGUCUCCGAACCUGACUAUGAAGGUGGCUCAACACAUCAAGUCUGAGCUAUCCAUCGAGGACGCGGAAGGUCAGGGUGUACCGAGCGAAGCGAACACAACGGUGCCCAUCCACGUGAAGCCAGAACAUGUGGCUUCCCGGGCCAGGAGAAGCUCGUAG